AUGCCUGGAUGCCGUGCUUGGAAUUCAUCAUGCCCUCGCCAUCAUGCACGACAAGAGAAUCAUGCACGACAGGAGAAUCAUGCACGACAGUACCAAAAGCACGAGCUCACGUACCUCGACCCUUGUACUAUACCUUUCGUCAUGCACCAGAUUACAUGCCUUGGACUGUACAGCUCUCGCUACACGCUGCCUGGGUAUCGCCCCCCCCCCCUUCUCUCCCUCGUCCGCAGGUCUUCGUGUGAUCGCCUUCGGAUCCUGAGGAGCGGCGGCGUCAGCGUGAACGCCACGCCCGACGCCGACUUCUUCGUGUGCGGCGUCCUGGUCACCGCCAUCAUCGUCACGCCCCUCCUGCUGGUGUGCUACCUCAUGGGAAGGACCGAGAUCCAGCAGUCCAUUCUGGAAGUCGCCCUCAAUUUCCUCCUGUGUGUGUUCCUGUUCUCCGCCGGGGUCGUCGGGUGCGUCUACUGGGACGCGCACCUAUCCAAUCCGAAGAGCCUGAAGCAGAAGUCGCUGGCCAUGAGCAGUUUCUGCCUUCUGGCCUCUCUUGGCUACCUCGCGGACACGGUUUUCGCUGUCCAGAAGUAUAGGGCUGGAUAGCGCAUUUUUUUCUCUACAUCGGGAGUAAGAAUGCACACACACACACACACACACACACACACACACACACACA